AUGUUGACCCUAAUUUUAUUGGUAUUUCUGGCUACCGUAUCCGCCCAGGACUUUCCGGACGAAUGUAUCGAGGGGCCGUAUCUUUCGUUUCUUGGGUGCAAUGCCGGCUCGCAGCCUGUUGGUGAUUUGUGCAUCUACGACUCGUGUCUCGUGACGACGGCAGCUGUGGUGACUACGGUGGCCGGGGGAACGGAUACGGUGCGGCGUAUGGGCUCGGAACGGGUUCUGCACGUCGUCAUUCUACCCAGAAGCCGUUCGUCGACAACAAUGCGGUAUUACAUGCCAAUUCUGUGGAGUGCAGACUACCGUAUCCACUUG